AAUUGUAAAUGAGAAGGUCUAAUUCAGUGUUGCCUCUCCUUGUACUCUAUUGCACAAGAAGCAGCAGUCAAAGCUUCACUCUGUCUUUUUGUAGGAAGAGGAGGAGCAGAACUGGCUUAGUUGAGGGGGUUGGGGAAACGAGAAUUAACCUUCUCUCAUUCUGAAGCAGGGUAGAGAGCUGCUUGCUCUCGGCUGCCGUACAGUCUUUCCAAAUACUGUGAUGUCAGCGACUGCCUUGCCAACAACUCUACCUGCCCUAGUGAGGAGGGGACAGGUUCUCCUCCCUUGUUGAGUGAUAGUUCAGGGUGGUAACUUCCUGCUUUUGAGUUUAGUAAAGGAAGGAACAAGAGCAGGCAAGGUAGUUGUGUGUGUAUAAUCCCCCUUUACCAGAAAGUAUUUACUGAUGGAGUAAAGAGAAAGGGGAAACAUUCUGGCUUUUAUCAGUUUUAUCUACUUGAUUGGUAUCUGCUGCUUGGAAAGAGAUGUUGGAGGAUUUGGCAGCCAAGCGUCGUGAGCUCACUGACUCCUCAACAAACCCCUUGAUUGCUUGUGAGCCAACUUUGGGUCACAGUGACUCCAAGUCUAAUAGUGGGGGAAGUAGUGGUAAACCCAACAUGCUGCGAGGGCGUACCUCAGUUGCGACUACUGCUGAUGAGCAACCCCACAUUGGAAAUUAUAGACUCCUAAAAACAAUUGGAAAAGGCAACUUUGCCAAGGUCAAGCUUGCUCGCCAUGUGCUGACUGGAAAAGAGGUUGCUGUAAAAAUUAUCGACAAAACUCAGUUGAACUCUUCUAGUCUGCAAAAGCUAUUCAGAGAAGUGAGGAUUAUGAAGGUUUUGAAUCACCCCAAUAUUGUUAAGUUAUUUGAGGUUAUAGAAACAGAGAAGACAUUGUAUCUGGUUAUGGAAUAUGCCAGUGGAGGCGAAGUGUUUGACUAUCUGGUAGCUCAUGGUCGAAUGAAAGAGAAAGAAGCUCGUGCCAAAUUCCGGCAGAUUGUUUCCGCUGUUCAGUAUUGUCAUCAAAAGCUAAUUGUACACAGAGACUUGAAGGCUGAGAACUUGCUUUUAGAUUCCGACAUGAACAUAAAGAUUGCGGAUUUUGGAUUCAGCAAUGAGUUCACAUUUGGGAACAAGCUAGACACUUUCUGUGGAAGUCCCCCUUAUGCAGCUCCAGAGCUUUUUCAAGGGAAGAAAUAUGAUGGGCCUGAAGUGGAUGUGUGGAGUCUGGGCGUUAUUCUUUACACGUUGGUCAGCGGUUCCCUGCCUUUUGAUGGACAAAAUCUGAAGGAGCUGAGAGAACGAGUAUUACGGGGAAAAUAUCGUAUUCCUUUCUAUAUGUCCACAGACUGUGAAAACCUCCUUAAGAAGUUCCUCAUCUUGAACCCUAGCAAAAGGGGUACACUUGAGCAAAUCAUGAGGGAUCGUUGGAUGAAUGUGGGCUAUGAAGAUGAUGAGCUGAAGCCAUAUGUGGAGCCAACCCCGGAUUACAAAGAUCCUAAAAGAACAGAGACAAUGGUGUCCAUGGGUUACUCUCGGGAGGAGAUACAGGAGUCCCUCAUUAACCAGAAAUAUAAUGAGGUCAUGGCUACUUAUCUACUUCUUGGACAUAAGGCAAAUGAGCUGGACAGCGACAACCUGACCCUUAAGCCCAGGCCCCCUCAAGAUCUCACAACCAGCACAGCUCCAUCUCCUGCUCACAAGGUGCAACGAAGUGUGUCAGCCAACCCGAAGCAGAGAAGACUCAGUGACCAAUCUGGACCAGCCAUCCCAACCUCCAAUUCCUACUCUAAGAAAACCCUUAGUAACAAUGCAGAAAAUAAACGACCCGAGGAUGACAGUGGGCGCAAAUCCAGUAGCACAGUCAGGGUUCCUCCCAGCCCACUCUCUGGGCUAGAGAGGAAGAGGACCACCCCAACUCCAUCUACGAACAGUAUUCUUUCUACUGGCACCAAUCGUAGCCGGAACUCCCCUAUGUUGGAUAGAGCCAACUUAGGACCCAAUUCUGUUCAGAAUGGCAAGGACAGCUUCUCCACACCUGGUUCCCGUGCUUCUACUGCAUCUGCCCCAGCCACCUCUGCCCGGACACGCCAGCACCAGAAAUCCAUGUCCACCUCCAUGCACCCCUCCAAACCUGCUCAUUCUUUGGAGGUCAACUGUGACUCACAAAGAUCCAGCGCAUCCUCUCAGAGGGUACCUGUGGCAUCCCCAUCAGCUCAUAACAUCAGUAGUGCUGCCCCUGAGAGGGCCAACUUUAAUCGUGGUGUCACUAGCCGCAGCACUUUUCAUGCAGGUCAACUCCGCCAGGCUCGGGACCAGCAAAAUCUUCCAUUUGGCGGAGUCACACCUGCCUCUCCUUCUGGAAACAGCCAAGGUCGGCGAGGAGCCACAGGGAGCAUCUUCAGCAAGUUCACAUCCAAGUUUGUACGCAGAAAUCUGUCUUUCAGAUUUCCAAGAAGGAGCCCAAACGACCCUGAAGGGAAAGAUCGAGGGGAGAGCACCAGGCCACAGCUUACAGUAGUUGACAAGGAGAAAGAAGACCUGCGAGACUCAAAGCCACGCUCUCUACGCUUCACCUGGAGUAUGAAAACCACCAGCUCGAUGGAGCCAAAUGAGAUGAUGAAUGAGAUUCGCAAGGUUCUGGAUGCCAAUAAUUGCCAGUACGAACCGCAAGAAAAGUACAUGCUGCUUUGUGUUCAUGGCUCCCCUGGAAACGACAACUUUGUGCAAUGGGAGAUGGAAGUGUGCAAGCUUCCGCGCCUCUCACUCAAUGGUGUACGUUUUAAGCGGAUCUCUGGCACAUCUAUGGCAUUUAAGAACAUUGCCACAAAAAUUGCCAACGAGCUAAAGCUUUAACAAGGCUUCCGUUCUUUGAGGAAGAAACUAGACUGAAACAUGAGACACUUUGCCACCACCCUUAAUGCCCUUCAAAACUCUGUACAAAGUACAGAAAUGUAUCAUCUACUCUUGUGCUAUGUUCUAAAAGGAAUAAGGGAUUGAACAAGAAAACCAACAUGAUGGCUGAAAUUACAUCUCCUUUCAUUGUAGGUUUUGAGGGUAUUUUAUUUGGAAAAGAUUUGUAUUUUUUUUUUUUAACAAUUGGGAAUGGGACUCAGAUUAUAUAAUAGAUAAUAUGGCAGGGGUGGAAGGAUAAAAUAUAGAACAUUAAACCCCUCCACAAAUCUUUGUGUAUUUCAGCUGUGUGCUGCAGUUUUCUCUGGUACAUAUUAGCAAUCAUAUGCUUAAUGAUAUGACAGGCAUGGGGUCAGAUGGACUUUGCACCCCCUCUUAAAUGACCACAGGCAAGUUUCAAGUCAUAUUGUACAGAAAGUUUAAAAUCAUGUCUUAGACACUGAAAUAAUAGCUCAGGGUGCUCUCAAUAUACAGGUACAGGCAGACGCACAUGUGUGGACAAAGAUUGUGCAGAUGGCUGAAUUUGUAUGGAGGAAACCUGGCAGGAAAAUUGUUUUAUAAAUAAAUAUAAAUGUAGGUUUA